AUGAAGUUUGACCGCAAGGCUUUCAGUUCUAUGGAAGAUGCACACCGCCAAAUCCCCAGACCACCUCUCAUCAGCCGUCUGAUGAGAAAACCCCUUAAAUGGGCGGGGUCAAGAUUCCAACUGGGACCCACUGGGACCCAGUGUACUGCUAGUCCAAGGGAGCAAGCCAAGAAAACGAAUAGCAUGUCUCUCAUCCACAUCAUUCAUGGCCUUCUUUUGUCUUAUACAUUGAGUCCACUCAAAGGGAUUAGGAUUCCCUAUGGGCGAAGCACAAAUAAGAUCAUGAUUCAGAACUGGUUGCAGUCCAUUGUUCUUUCUCGGAAUUCGUCAAACCGGUCUGCUUUCAAUGGCUCUGGAUAA